AUGGCUGUUGCUCCGGGCUUGGGAAAGCUGGUGGUUUUGGCGGUGGGUUUCCAGUUGAUCUGCUGCCAAUGCUUUGAUCAAUUUGGGACGGACGUGGUGACAGAUGCCAUGCCCUUGGGUUUUUCGAUGUUGGAGACGCCGGAGCCCAGUCCGUUUUCCCUGGAUGUCUACCACUUUCACUGCGGCUAUGCUCCUGUGAAGUCGGAAGCGGAGUGCAUGGGGCCAGAGAAUGGGCAUUGUCGAGCAGGGACCAAGUGCUACAUCAAGGACAAUGCCAAAACCAAGGAAAUUUACGCCUCUUGUUGCUGCAAUCGAACCGACACCCCAGUCGACAUGAUUGAACGAAGCUCUAGCGAUUGGUCGUGCUUUGCUUCGUAUGUGGAUUCGCCAAGUGAGACUCAUGGAAAAACGCCCUUCUGCGAUAUUCUCUGCUGUCGGAGGCCGGGUGUCAGCCGAAGCUGCCACGGAAACAAGCCCAUUUGUUGCAAUGCAGAGGUUGAGAGCUGCGGCAUUACACUUCAGGGAGAGCCUUGCUGUGCAGCCUAUCACGAAGAGGCCAAGGCGACGUGUUGCCACGAUGUGGGCACCACCUGCUGGUCAAGCCCAGCUUCCUGGAUAGUGGUUCCUUUUCUGCCGGGUACGCCCUGCUGCCUGGAACAUCUUCCAGAUGUGACAUGCGUUUCGCAAUCGAACUGUAGCAAGGGCUUUGGCGGCGCUCUGGGAUGGAGCGGUGCUUCAGUUCUUGCCGCCGCAGGCUGUCAAGCUUUUUUCUACAUGAAAGGAAGUGGAGCUGACUUGCUUCCAGGGCGGAGGUGGUGUUGGUGUUUGAAGAUGACGGCUCCAGCUCUGUGCUUGUUUUUCGCACUUCACGCGGUGGUCUAUAUGAACUUCCUGCACAUUUGGGAAAAAGUGACUCCUGCUCAGACUGCCAGAGUAUGUGUUUGGUGGGCAAUGUGGAGCUUGCUAGCGAUGCAGGCAACUGUUUGUGUCUUUGUCAAGCUCUUACGUGCACGUCAACGCCACAAUCAGCCACCUGCUCCUGCACUGGCUCGCUUCCCACCAAAUCGGACAGGUGUCCGCGUUGCAAUCCUCAUCAACAUCGAGGACUAUUUGAAUCGAGGGAUCUGGCCUCGGGUCUAUGAUCGAAGCUUUCAGGAACUUGUAUCUCAACAUCAACAGAACGAUUGGCAGGUGUUCCCGUGGUACGACUUGAAGAAGAACGACGUUGAAUCCAUGCUUGGUCAGGUUGAACCGCACGUUCGUGGAGCGAAUGGGCCCAUUAUUCGGUUACAUAUCUCCUGCCAUGCUCAGUUUGUAUAUGGCUGCCCGCAAUUCCUACCAGCAGAUGCCGGCGGGUGGCGUGAUGGAGUGCCAAUCUUGCCACUAGUGAAGAACUUAAGCAGUAUCGAUGGCUGCAGGAAUGCCCGCAUUCAUGUGACUCUCAAUGGCUGCAUGGACAUUCCUGGAUGGCGUGAGAGGCUUUGGUGGGGGUGUUGGCUUGGGUGGAAUCAGGAUGACUUCCGAAUUUCCCCUCGAAGGCAUUUGCUCCCGAAGAGCGAGGCGCAGGCGUGGAUCCUUCUUCCUUGUCACCCAGGGCGCCGAGUACCUGGAGAUGAGGAGCAUGGUGGCAUCUUCACACGGAAGAUCUUGAGAGUUCUGAGAGACCACCUUGGAGAUGAUGACUUUCAAUUUGAGGAGUAUUACGACGAAAUCAUUGCCGCCUUGAGGACAACAGAGGACGGGGUGAGGUUUAACCCAUACCUGAUUACUACUGGCAACACGAGUCCAAACACUGCAGCGAACCAGAACAAUGUCCAACCUCAGCAUGAAGAGAUACCGCAUCGGCCUUCCCAAGAGACAGCUGGAAGCGUUGAGACUCAAAGCACGGCCACCUCCUCGCUCCGACCCUCUCAGGACCCUGAAGCUGCAUGCUACACCGGGCCAUGCCCGGAGCCCGAAACCACUGGCGAGAUGAAGCCGAGCAAUUGA